GUCUCCUCUGAAUCCCGGAGACAAACCCGGAGAAUGAAGCGUUCGUUCUCGCUGCUGAACCGCCCCUCUCUGGUGCAGCUGUAUAACUAUGGUGUAUGCCCAGUCGUCACACACAGCUGGUGUCAAUCCCUCCCUUCACAACCCAUCUUUCACAUAUCAGAUGUCAUUUAACUACUCUGAGAGGGUGAACUCGACUGUCCUGGCAACCUUACCCACAUCUCCCGUCUGCAGCCUCGAGGGCUCGUCCUCCGGCCGGCUGAACGGGACCUCCGUCUCUUACGACCUGACGUCUGGCGAGGUCGCCGUCCUGGGCGUGGUGUUCGCAGUUCUCUGGUUGGUGUCCAUCCUGGGAAAUGCCCUUGUCUGCCUGGUCAUCCACCGGAGCCGGCGGUCUCAGUCCACCACCAACUACUUUGUGGUGUCCAUGGCGUGUGCAGACCUGCUCAUGAGCCUGGGUUGGGCCCCCUUCAUCCUCCUGCAGGUCGCCUCAGGACGAUGGCCGCUGAGCGCUGCUGCUUGCAAGGCUGUGCGCUACCUGCAGCACCUCUGCCCAGGUGUGCAGGUCUACGUCCUGCUUUCCAUCUCCGUAGACCGCUUCUAUACAAUUGUCUACCCGCUCAGCUUCAAGGUGUCCAGAGAGAAAGCAAAGAAGAUGAUCGUGGCCUCGUGGCUGUUUGACGCCGCCUUCGUGUCGCCCUGCCUCUUCUUCUACGGCUCCACGUCUACGGGCGGCAGUCACUGUGACUUCUUCCUCCCGGACAGCUGGGGCAGUGUUGCCUACGCCGCCGUUCACCUCCUAGUUGGUUUUUUGGGGCCAGUGGCGCUGAUUGUGUCGUUCUACCAGCAGGUGGUCCGCUACAUCUGGAGGAUCAGCGCCGACGGCCACGCGGUGCGCCGGACAAUGAAUAUCGUCCCGCGGACGAAAGUCAAGACCAUCAAGAUGUUCCUCGUGCUCAAUUCAGUUUUCUUCCUCACCUGGACGCCCUUCUACAUCGCCCAGCUGUGGCACCCAAGGGAGUCUGACGGACCCAGUAGGCAGGGGCUGCUGUUCUUCACAGCCAUCGCCUGGGUCUCCUUCAGCUCCACGGCGUCCAAGCCAACCAUGUACUCGGUCUACAAUGCCAACUUCAGGAGGGGCAUGAGGGAGACCUUCUGCAUGUCCUCCAUGAAAUGCUACCGCAGUAAUGCCUACACCAUCACGGCGAGCUCCCGUGUGGCCAAAAAUAACUACAUCGGGGUGGUGGAACUCCCCGGGCAGGCAAAGACGAUCGCCAAGGACUCGGUUUACAAGUUUGACCGAGAGGCAAAGGACAAGAAGGUGGCCUGGACCUCCAACACCAACCCUCCCAAUACUUUUGUCUAAGUGAGUUUGGACGAGUUUUUCUUCUACAGCACAACGUCGUCGUCAGCAGGUGACGAACACGCUCAACCACGACAAAGCUCACUGAACCAGAACGAGUUCAGAUUGUAUGAAGGGCUUCUUUACGGUGUGACACACCUUCUGGCCGCCAGUGGAGGUUUUUAUACUUCACACUUUAAUCAUCAUUUAUUUCUGUGAUGCGUCUUUGAUGGGCUGCUUAUUUGUGUUUCUCUAAUGUCAGCUAGUCCGCUAGCUAAGCGUAGUCCGUGGCCAUCUGUUGGUGCAGUAAUGUAGUGGGUGAAGCUAACGUUAGCCGCAUGCUGACAUCAUGGAGAGAAGCUAAUGAAGCUUUAAAUCUAUAGUUUGAUCAUCUCAGUUUCUCCCAAUGUCGUCCAAUGAAGAGACGCUCUAGAGUUGUGAAGUGGGAGGAGUUACAAGUGUUUUCAGGGCUUUGGAAGUAAAACCGUUGGCAUCUAUGAACGACUCCCAACCACGAGACAUACAACUUUUGUUCUGUGAUAAAAGGUCAAAGGUACAAGAAGCCCUUUGACCUUUUGAACUGAAGACAGUCACAAUAUCAUCCUGACUGCAGGGAUCUGGUUUUAUUGCUCAUUUCUCCACGACUGAUUUCAAUCUGAUCCAAAAUGGCCGUCACUGUGACUACUUCAUAAUGAAAGCCAGUGAAAUGCUUCUCAUGCAGCAGUAAAUUAAUACAAUAUAUUGCAUUAUUAUAUUGCAAUACUUUCAUCAGUGGGCCAUAAUCAAUAACCAUUGUCGAUCAGCAAUAACCAAUGACUUAACAGACAUUAAUUUACCACUUUAACUUCAAGUUUAAUUGAUUUACGUUCCAAUGGAUCAGUUUUAGAUGAAAGUAGCAGCCACUAAAACAUGACUCAGCAAACCCUGGAAUAUGUUUAUUGAGUUUGGCUUUUGCUUACUUUUCAAAAUGUUGUAUAAAUAUGGUGAAGGAAGAAAAGAUUGUGCUUAUAGGAACUAAACUGUGUGAUUCGGGUGAGAUAACUGACGCACUUUGUUAGAGUUAUGGUUUAAAAUCAGAUAUGAAUGUUGCCGUUGAAUGUAGACGAGAUCCAACAUGGACGACCUUUUGGGAUAAAAGAUGAAAACACUUGAUGUGUUUUUAGAGCGUCCACCGAAAAAGAUAAAGAGAUGUUCAUCAGCAAAUAGAUCACAAAGUAUUAAACUGUCGACUAGUUUACAAAACAAUCUGCCUUAAGGUCCAUUUACCACGUUUAUUUUGUACUUAUGCUGUUUUCAAGUAUUUAUUUAGUUUUUUUAACCCUUUUUUAAGUUGAGAGGAAACAAACCUUCUUAAACAUUAUACUUCCGUUGGAGUUUUGGUUUUAAUGUGUGAAUCACAUUUCAGGACCUGGUCCUGGCAGACGUGUAGAUGUUCAUGUUAGCUUCAAGGACCUCUCAGGUAGAGCCGUCUGCAGUCCACUUGUUAUUAUCAACGUUUGUAAAAUUGGUCACAUGAAGUUUUAUUCACUUAUAGUUGCUGAUUUAUUUUCAUUCCAGUAAGUAUGAAACCAGUAAAGACUGCCAGCCCAAUAACUUUAGAAA